AUGGCUCCAUCCCCGAGGAGGCACUGUAGAUCAGUGUGCGCUCUCCGUGGUGCUGAAACCACGGGAGCUACUGGUGCUGCUGCCGGUGGCUUUACCAAAUCUGCCAUUCAGAUGCCACUGCUGCCUCCACAAUGUCUCUUGCUGGUGCUGGGUUUGGGAUUAGGACCAGGUCUGGUUCGUGGAUCCAGGGGAACAAUAAUAGAGCAGCCCAAUAAUGGCACAUCACUAUCCAUCAUGGGCUUGAUGCCUCUCAAUGAGACAGCGGCAAAAGGUAAAAUUGGAAGGGGUAUCCUACCUGCUGUGCAGUUGGCUAUUGAUCAGAUCCGCAACGAAUCCCUGCUUCAACCUUACUUCCUGGACCUAAAGCUUUAUGACACAGAGUGUGAUAAUGCAAAAGGGCUGAAAGCAUUUUAUGAUGCAAUAAAGUAUGGACCAAAUCACUUGAUGGUCUUUGGUGGAGUAUGCCCCUCAGUGACAUCUAUCAUUGCUGAAUCUCUUAAAGGAUGGAAUCUAGUUCAGCUCUCUUUUGCAGCAACAACACCAGUUCUUGCGGAUAAGAAAAAAUAUCCUUACUUCUUCCGGACAGUACCAUCAGAUAACGCCGUUAAUCCAGCAAUUGUGAAAUUCCUGAAACAUUUUAAGUGGCAAAGAGUAGGAACAUUAACUCAGGAUAUACAAAGGUUUUCUGAGGUGAGAAAUGAUUUAACCGGUGAGCUGGAAGACUCAGAUAUCCAAAUCGCAGACACCGAAAGUUUCUCCAAUGAUCCAUGCAUCAGUGUAAAAAAACUAAAGGGCAACGAUGUUCGGAUCAUUAUUGGCCAGUUUGAUGAACACAUGGCAGCAAAAGUCUUCUGUUGUGCUUAUGAUGAAGAGAUGUAUGGCAGCAAAUAUCAGUGGAUUAUUCCUGGAUGGUACCAAGCACUGUGGUGGCAGCAAGCCAAUUCUUCCACCUGUUUAAGUAAAAACCUUCUCACUGCCAUGGAAGGAUACAUUGGGGUGGAUUUUGAACCUCUUAGUACAAAACAAAUAAAGACAAUAUCAGGAAGGACACCGCAGCAAUAUGAAAAAGAAUACAAUGAAAAACGGUCAGGCGUGGAGCCCAGUAAAUUUCAUGGUUAUGCCUAUGAUGGAAUAUGGGUAAUAGCGAAGACUCUGCAUCGAGCUAUGGAAUAUCUUCAUUCGAGCAACCGCCAUCAACGGAUUCAGGAUUUUAACUAUACAGAUCACAAACUUGGGAAGAUUUUUCUGGAUGCCAUGAAUGAGACAAAUUUCUUUGGUGUAACGGGACAAGUUGUGUUUAGAAAUGGAGAAAGAAUGGGUACUAUCAAAUUUACUCAGUUCCAAGAUGGAAAAGAAGUGAAGGUGGGCGAGUAUAAUGCUGUAGCUGACAGCCUGGAAUUGAUCAAUGACACCAUCCGGUUUCAAGGGGUUGAACCACCAAAGGAUAAAACCUUUGUCAGAAUGCAACGGCGACAGAUCCAUUUGCCGCUCUACAGUAUUCUUUCUGCAAUCACCAUUAUUGGCAUGAUCAUGGCUAGCACAUUUUUGUUCUUCAACAUAAAAAACAGAAAUCAGAAGUUGAUUAAGAUGUCCAGUCCAUAUAUGAAUAACCUAAUUAUUCUUGGGGGAAUGCUUUCCUAUGCUUCUAUUUUUCUUUUUGGUCUUGAUGGAUCCUUUGUCUCGGCAAACACUUUUGAAACAUUAUGCACUGUAAGGACCUGGAUUUUGACAGUUGGUUAUACAACGGCUUUUGGAGCUAUGUUUGCAAAAACCUGGAGGGUUCAUGCAAUUUUCAAGAAUGUAAAAAUGAAGAAAAAGAUUAUCAAGGAUCAGAAAUUGCUGGUGAUUGUUGGUGGAAUGCUUCUUAUUGACUUGUGCAUCCUGAUUUGCUGGCAAAUAGUCGAUCCACUUAAAAGAACAGUAGAAGAAUAUAACCUUGAGCCUGACCCUGCUGGCAGAGACAUUGCAAUUCUUCCUUUCUUGGAGCAUUGUGAGAAUACUCACAUGACCAUCUGGUUAGGAAUUGUUUAUGCCUACAAAGGUCUUCUUAUGUUGUUUGGUUGUUUUCUGGCCUGGGAAACACGAAAUGUAAGCAUCCCAGCCCUAAAUGACAGCAAGUAUAUAGGAAUGAGUGUAUACAACGUCGGGAUUAUGUGUAUUAUAGGAGCUGCCGUCUCUUUUCUCACAAAAGACCAACCUAAUAUCCAAUUCUGCAUCGUGGCUUUAGUCAUCAUAUUCUGCAGUACCAUUACACUAUGUCUAGUAUUUGUGCCAAAGUUAAUUACAUUAAGAACAAACCCAGAUGCAGCAACUCAGAACAGAAGGUUUCAAUUCACGCACAACCAAAAGAAAGAAGACUCAAAGACAUCUACAUCGGUUACAAGUGUGAAUCAAGCUAGCACAUCCCGAUUAGAAGGGCUGCAGUCAGAAAAUCAUCGAUUACGGAUGAAAAUAACAGAGCUAGACAAAGAUCUUGAAGAGGUUACAAUGCAACUUCAAGAUACUCCUGAGAAAACCACAUACAUUAAACAGAACCACUACCAGGAUCUGAAUGAUAUUCUCAGUAUACGAAACUUUACAGACAACAAAGAUGGUGAAAAAGCAGUUUUAAAAAACCACAAUGAUCAAAAUACUGCUGCACAAUGGAACACAAUAGAAUCUUCCAGAACCAGUAAAGAUCCUUUAGAAGACAUUAAUUCUCCAGAGCACAUACAGCGACGACUGUCUUUACAACUGCCCAUUCUCCAUCAUGCCUAUUUACCCUCAAUAGGUGGCGUGGACGCAAGCUGUGCCAGCCCAUGUGUCAGUCCAGGCGCCAGUCCUAGACACAGACACGUACAGCCUUCCUUCCAAGUCAUGGUCUCCGGCCUGUAG